AGACAACACCGUAGAAGAAGAAGCACAAUGUGUGGGCGGAAGUGUAUAUGUUUACCUGCUGCAGGCGCGGCAGCUUGGUAAUGCUAGGUUAUGUCAAUGUCGCCUCUAAUUACUUGUGUAAACGUUACUGGACUAUAGUAGUGGCUGCAUCUGGUGUUUUGGAAUCAUAACUUAAUUUAAAGUGGGCCUCGGCAAGUUGGAAAGGGAAAUGGACAAGAAUGAGGACCAGAUCCAAACAACCUCCAGCAAAACGCUUCUCAUCCGCCACCUGCCAGCGGAGCUCAAGCAGGAUGAGAAAGAGGACCUGCUAAAGUAUUUCGGAGCGGAGUCGGUCAGGGUCUUCUCGAACACGGGUCGUUUGAAACAUGCCGCUUUUGCGACCUAUAGAAGUGAGAAGGCAGCAGCGAAGGCUCUUAGCAGACUCCAUCAGUUAGAGGUCCUUGGUCGUACACUUGUUGUGGAGUUUGCGAAAAACCAAGAUCAUGUGACAGUAUUAAAGGACCCACCGGUGUCAGACCAAGGUAAAAAUGUCAAGAAAGAGCAGAAGAAACAGGAGAUCAAGCAGCCGAACAUUCCGCUCAUAGAGACGGGCAUUGCACCUACCCUCGGGUUGACGUUUCAAUCGAAUCCCACUCUGAAAUAUUUAUACCCACCACCUUCUCACGGCAUUCUGACAAAUAUAACACACGUCCUCAUGAGUGUGCCAAAGUUUUAUGUUCAAGUACUGCAUCUGAUGAAUAAGAUGAACUUGCCGUGUCCCUUUGGCCAGGUCACUGGCAGGCCCCCCAUGUUUGAGCUCCAGCCUCCUGCGCACAACAUCCCCAUGCCUCCCCCCUUCCCUCCCGACUACCCGCCGUUACCAGAGGAGGAGAUGGAGCUGUCCAGUGGAGAAGAGUCUGAGUACGAGAGCGGGGACGACGAGGACAAAGAGAGGAUUGUUCGUCUAAUGGGCCUCGUCAACCAAGCAUGCAAGAGACCCAUGAGACCAAAAACGGCUUCCAAGAGAAAGAAGCCCAAGAUCAAGGAUCUACUUUAUGCUCCCAAAGCAGACUCUCAGAGUGCUCCGGUGCUGCAGCCCUCUGAUGUAUUUGAGCAGCCUCACCCAGCCGGGCAGAAGAGGAUUGAGUUCCACAUUUCGGUUCCGGAGGGGGCAGCCACAGCAGAAGAAAGCGGGUCAGGUCAGCCUGAUGAUGGAGGCGGAGAAGCGGAUGAGAGGGAGCCCCCCCCCUCGAGAGGCAGCCAGGAGGAGGAGGAGGCGGCCGAGGGUUUCGGGAAGCUCUACCCGAGCGCACAGGCGUCCCAACAGCAGGAGGAGCACAGCGACGAGGAGGAGGAGGACCUCCCCUCGGACGUGGUCUCCAGGAAGGAGCUGGAGAAAGGACGGCUGUCAAGAGAUGAGAUCAGAAGGAUGUCUGUGUAUAAAAACUACGAGGCGGGCGAGCCCACCUGCAGACUGUACGUGAAGAACGUUGCAAAGCAAGUGGAAGAGAAAGACCUUAAGUACAUCUAUGGCAGAUAUGUCAACCCUUCGUCAGACGCCGAGCGAAACAUGUUUGACAUUGUUUUAAUGAAGGAGGGGCGGAUGAAAGGGCAGGCCUUCGUAGGACUCCCCAGUGAGCAGAGUGCAGAGAAAGCUCUGCGGGAAACCAACGGCUACGUUCUCUUUGACAAGCCCCUCGUCGUCCAAUUCGCCCGAUCCGCCAAACCAAAAGAAGACAACACAGUUACCAGAAGAGGAGCGAAGCCACGAUGAGCUCGGCAGAUGCCAAGGCUUGAUAUUGUGGCCCAGCAGAACCAUUUGUAUCCUUAUUCUGGCAUAUCCUUUGGAAGAGAAUAAAAAACAUAACCAGAAAGUGGGGGCAGUUUGUAGCACAAGUGAGACAGCCGGGAUCGUAGUCUAAAUCUAAAGUUAAGAUAAUAACUGAAUGCCAUGCUAUGUUUGCGUCUCUCACAGUAUUUCAGUAUGGACUAGUAGGCGUGUACUAUUUUGGUGUCUCAAGCGUCUCUUUACAUUUCUCUCUACCUUGUUUGACUGAUUUUCAGGGGAUGGUCGUCAGAAGUCACCUUCGUCUUUUCUUACUAAAUAAAAAGCUAUUUUAUUAA